ACGUCAGUCUGACCUUGGGGUGUGUAUGGCAUACUUGGUGUAUGACUCACCAUGACCGACUUAGAGAGCAGUGACUGGCAUAACUGGGCAGGUGUGCGACCUUGGUGUAGUCAUAGCCUUGACGUACUUGGUGUGUGACUCAUCACCUAGCCUUGACCUAUUUAGAGGGCAGUGAGUGGCAUAUCUGGUGUAGGUAAGCAGCCGUGACUCAUAUUUUAGCCUUGGCAUACUUGGGCCGGCACUGACGUCCUUGGGCUGGCCUUGACCUGGUUCUGACGUCCUUGGACUGCUAAUUUAGAAUAUAAAAAGGGUAGUUUUGUUAGUAUCUUCAUUCGCUCUCCGAAAAGUCUACAGACAAGAUCUACGUCCAGUUUUGCUACAGAAGUAUUCACAUAUUUGCGGCUUGCUGUAUUUUCAAGAAGAAGAUGACAUCGGUACAUUCAUCAAAUUCAUCCCAGAGCCAUGGACAGGGUGAAAAAUCUCGAUGUCAGCUAGAAAUUGGGCAAAAUGUCUACGUCAUGGCCCAAACAUGGAAGCAAGAACUGUUGAUACACAUCCGGAAAUUCGACAGUGAUAAAGGGAAAACUUUCCCCACCAAACGAGGUAUCGCCCUUACCCUGAAACAUUGGGUUGAACUGUCUAUGUGUACUAGUCAAAUUGAUGAAACCAUAGCUGCUUUAAAGGAAAGGAAAGAAGAGAAAUUGUUUCACCAUCUUGGUGCCAACAUGUAUGUGAGCGUGGACAAAAACAUUGCCGGGGUGGACAUUAGGCAGUGGUGGUGGUGUGUGGACACAGUGAAGCCAUCAAGGAAAGGAAUUUUCCUUUCCCUUCAACAAUGGAGUAAACUGAAAGACUGUUUCGAAAUGAUGAGUGACUUUGUACCAGAACUGAAGUCGAUUGUACCCUGCGCCAUGCAAGACGACCAUCAAAACCAGAUGGGCUUCCUGCAGUGCAGUUUCUGCAACCCUAACGAGUGUCAUCAGUGGUAAAC